CAAGUCUCUCUCCCUCUUUCGCCCUUCGACUUGGCAUUUUGCUUUCUUCUCUUCACUCUUCGCUCAAUCACCAAGCUCGCUCUCUGAAACGGCGUCGUUGUGUUCUUCUUCGCUUGCUGCUCCUCCUACAGUCUUACGCUACGAAGUCGUUUGGUACUCCUCCCACUGUCGUUUUCAUCAAAACGCGUCGGCGUUUCGUUCAUCUGUCUCCGUUUACUGCAAAACAAUAGGGUUUCGUCUCUAGGCCUGUGAUCUCUCUAUCUUGUAUCGAAUUGCUGCUUCGCUGAGCACGCUGCUACUUCUGGCUUGUGUUUUUCGGUUACUCAACGUUAUCCUGAACUGCACCUAGCGGUUAGAAGCGAACCGAUAAAUUGUUAUUGGGAACGGAUUUUGCUUGUGUUACGAUGGCAAAGAGUAGGUUUUCUGGAGGAUAUUAUGGGAACACUGUUGGGACAGCCGGCGAAUCCGAGGGAUCUGGUAGCUCUGGAAGAAUAGACACUGAAAUUACUGUUUCAGAGGACUCUUGUGUUCCUACAAGGAAAUGUAUUAGUUUGAAUUCGAGCCGGCGCGAUGUGUUUGGGGUUCCAAUGCAAGUUGUUCCAUUGUCGAAGUUGUCGCACUUUCAAAGAAAAGACCUGGUACUCAAGCUGAGAUCAGAGCUUGAGCAGAUUCGAGCACUUCAAAAGAAGGUUGAACUACAAGCAGCUAGCGGUGUUGCACUGUCAUCCUCCAGUGAUAUUCUAAGCUGUAGCAAUGGGAAUAAGCAUAAUGCAUCCCGGAUUGAGAACUCGAGGAAACCGUCGAUUCCUAGUUCCAUACCCGUGAAUAAAUUGAAAGCAUCAGCUGAUAAACCUCGAAGCUGGAACCGGGGAUCUACCGGCAAGUUUCAGUCUGCCGCAAAGAAUUCUUCACCCAGCACUGCAAAUAUUCUGUUGAUGAAAGAUUGUGAGUCGCUGUUAAAACGGUUGAUGAGCCACCAGUUUUCUUGGGUUUUCAACUCACCUGUAGAUGUGGUGAAGUUGAAUCUUCCUGAUUAUUUCACAAUUAUCAAGCAUCCUAUGGAUUUGGGAACAAUAAAAAGAAAGAUAGCUGCUGGAUCAUAUAAGGGUCCCUUGGAAUUUGCUGGAGAUGUGAGGCUUACAUUUUCGAAUGCAAUGACUUAUAAUCCCCCUGGGAAUGAUGUCCAUUUCAUGGCUGAUGCCCUCAACAAAUAUUUUGAAGUGAGAUGGAAAACAAUUGAGAAGAAAAUUCCAAAAAUGGAUGCUCUGCCACUGCCUGCAAAGUCAGACACUUUUGAAGAUGUGAAAAGUGCAAAGCCAAUGCCUCCUUCAAAAAGGAGGAAAAUUGCAUCAGUGCCCUCUCAACCUGAAGUUUUGCCACCUCCUAGGCGGGUUAUGUCGGAUCAAGAGAAGCACAAGCUAGGUAGAGAAUUGGAGUCUUUGCUGGGAGAAAUACCUGUCCAUAUUAUUGAAUUCUUAAAAGAACAGAGUUCAAAUGGUAGAGAAUGUGGAGAGGAUGAAAUUGAGAUUGAUAUUGAUGAUCUCAGUGAUGACACAUUGUUCACACUACGCAAGCUAUUGGACGACUAUUUGCAGGAGAAGCAGAAGAACAAUGCAAAGGUGGAAGCGUGUGAAAUAGAGCUGUUGAAUGAUUCUGGGCCAAGCAAUUCUUCUUUGCAAGCAUUUAAAGCUAAUGAUCCAGCUGAUGAAGAAGUGGACAUUGGUGGAAAUGAGCCUCCUGUCUCUAGCUGUCCUCCUUUGGACAUUGAAAAGGAUACAACUCAUACUAUGGACAAACGGUUAAGUCCUGGUAGCUCCAGUGAUAUGGACUCUGGUAGUUCUUCUGGUAGUGAAUCCGGUGAUGGGAAAGCAAGUCCAGUAAAUGUUGCAAAGGAACCAGAAAAUGUGGGUUCUGGGGAUCAAUUGGAAGAAAAGCUUAAGGCUACUGAUGACCUUGAAAUAAAUCAAUCUGUUAGUGGCUUAGAUCAACUUGAGGAUAACUCUCAGCAUAAGCCAAGUUCUCUUGAUUCUGACUACCGUCAGGAUGGAGACAGUGGUCCUACCGAGAGACAGGUUUCUCCUGAUAAACUUUAUCGAGCUGCCAUAUUAAAGAAGCGAUUUGCUGAUACUAUCUUGAAAGCACGAGAAAAGACGCUCACACAAGAUGAGAAAGGGGAUCCAGAAAAGUUGCGCCAGGUUAGAGAAAAACUUGAAAUGGAACAACGAAAAGAAAAGGCAAGGCUACAAGCCGAAGCAAAGGCUGCUGAAGAUGCUCGAAAGCGGGCUGAAGCAGAAGCAGCUGCGGAAACCAAACGAAAGAGGGAACUUGAAAGAGAAGCCGCAAGACAAGCAUUACUGCAGAUGGAAAAGACAGUUGAAAUCAAUGAGAAUUCUCGGUUUCUCGAAGAUUUGGAAAUGCUUAGAGCUGUGCCUGCUGAGCAGUUGCCGAGCUCUGUUGAUGAGACAAGUCCUGAUCACUCUCAGGAUGGUCUGGGGAGUUUCAAGUUUGCCGGGAACAAUCCCUUGGAACAGCUUGGAUUAUAUAUGAAAGUGGAUGAUGAGGAAGAGGAAGGAGAGCCACCCUGUGUUUCAAACCCUGUGAAUGAUGUAGAAGAGGGAGAGAUUGAUUAAGUUACUCGUAUUUUGUAUGAUGAACCGGGGAGAAAAGUAUAAUUAUCUUCGUCCCUUUAAAUUUCCCGACUCCUUUAGUUCUUUUAAUGUUCUUUAUUGUUGAAAAUAUAAAAAAAAAAGAAUAAAACGUUAUAUAGUUCCCAAAAUGCACUAAACCCAUCACAGAUGGGAGGGAGCAUAUUUGCUUGCCGCACAAUCCAGCCUCUAGAAUAGAAACAUUAUUUAGGGUGUUUGAGUGACUUCCAUUUAGGUUAAGUGAUAUUUAUAUGUGGUUUUUUCUUGAUAUGUUACUUCAUGUAUAUAAUAGUUCAUUAUCAUAUGCUGUACAAUGCUCAUUACCAUAUUUUUGUAAAAUGCAGAAAUAUUGAAUUUGAUGGA